UGAAAGAGUUUGUUAAUGUCGUCUCGUCGGUCGUGGACUUGUGCAAGUUCACCGUCCAUACGGUGCCAACACUACUCAUGGUCCUUUUCGAGCAAAGAAAGAGUGAAGAAGAAGAAGAAGAAGGAGUGCGUUCUCCGAAAAAUGGAGGUUGGAGGUUCUCUUCCCGUUCCCAAUGUUCAACAGCUUGCUUCGAGCUCCGAGGGUGUGCCCGUUAGGUACAUACGUCCUGAACUCGAGCUCGAACGAGUUUCUAAUGACGAGUACGAUCGAAUUCCACUGAUUGAUAUGAGCAAGCUGAAUGAUGUUCGUGAUGAUGAGGCCGCUAAACUGCAUUCGGCUUGUAAGGAUUGGGGAUUCUUCCAGGUGAUCAAUCAUGGGGUUGCCGAAGAGGUGAUCCUGAAAAUGAAGGCGGAUAUUCAGGGGUUUUUCAGCCAACCGUUAGAAGAGAAAAUGAAAUAUGCACAACUGCCAAAUGGCAUUGAAGGAUACGGCCAAGCUUUCGUUGUAUCGGAAGAGCAGAAACUUGAUUGGGGUGAUAUGUUAUACAUCAAUGCACAACCUAUUAAUCGAAGAAACAUGAGGUUGUGGCCAUCUUCGUUGAGGGCAUCUCUCGACCAGUAUUCAAUAGAACUGGAAAAGGUGGCUCAAAGCUUGAUGAUUUCCAUGGCUAAGAACCUUGGAGUGGAGCCCGAAAAGCUGCUCGAUUUGUUCAAAGAAGGUGUGCAAACUGUGAGAAUGAACUACUAUCCGCCGUGUGAGCAAGCUAGCAAGGUCAUAGGUAUUGCCCCACAUUCCGACGGCAGUGGAUUGACUCUUUUGAACCAAGUGAAUGAAGUACAAGGUUUGCAAAUCAAGAAGGAUGGAAAAUGGGUUCCUGUUGAUCCCAUUCCAGGUGCAUUCAUUGUUAAUGUCGGCGAUAUUAUUGAGAUUAUGAGCAAUGGAGUAUACAAGAGCAUAGAGCACAGAGCAUUAGUGAACCACAAAAAGGAGAGACUGUCAAUCGCAGCGUUUCACGAUCCAAACGUCGACGCUAUGAUUGGGCCAUUGCCAAACCUUCACACCCUAGAUCAAGAGAAACAAGCACCAAAUUAUAAAUCCAUAUCGCACCAAGAUUUUAAGAAGCUUGGGAGGAAAAUGAAACUCGACGGCAAAAACAAAGGUUUAAUUCAAUAUCUGAAAAUACAAACCGAAAAAGAGGAAUGAAUUCCAAGCCCCUCCACGGUAAAAAAAAGUAACCGAAAAGUUCAGACCUAAUAAAUCAUGCCAAUGUGAAUGUUUUUUCUUACGAAUAAUCAUGCUAAAGGAAUGUUGUUGUUGAGAAGAAGUGAAAUUGCAGCAGCUGAAGAAGUCCUUAUCCCAUUUGGAAAAGGAUCGAAAGUGGCGCGAAGUUCAUAUGUAUCCGUGUCAAUAAAAGUAACAGUGACGUCUUCGUUCACUGUUAGUUGUUUCUCUCAUUUGAUUUAUUGUUAGUUGAGUCCUCAAAGUUUUAUCUAGUUCCAGUUAAGUCCGGUCAGUAGUGAGAAGUGGUUGAGAGAGACUGCAACUGUGGGUCAGUCGUUAGAGUGGUGUAAUCCGUGAUUUUGUGAGGAGUUAUGGAACAAUAAGUGAGUGAAAACACCCAUGUCAAGAGGUGAUAUUGUGUUUGAGAAAAUGAGUGAUGCAAAAGCUUUGUUCAAGUAGAUCUUCCAAAAUUCUAUGGUGAUUAUAAUUACUAGAGUCUAUUGAUGGAGAAAUAUCUGCUUUGUUCAAAAGAGUUAUGUAGUGUGGUGCAACCCAGUUUCAAACAAACAGAUGUUGCUGCAAUCUUGUUUGAGCUGAAACAAAAACUGCGGAAGAGUUAAGAUUGAAG